GAGUACCUCACCUUUAAGCCACUAUUAUUGUUAUUAAUACAGAGCAAAUGUUCCUUUCUUGGUUUUUCUUGAGCAAUAUUGUUUGUGCCCCUUGUAUGGUGUUACUCUGCGUUUGUGGUUAGAAAUGGGCCCAAACUUGUCUGGUUUGGUAUCACUUGUAUGGGAGUUUAACAUUGUUAGUUUAGAUGUCGGAAUGACAAUGACGUAAACGGGUUAACUGAAGUCAGUUUAUUGGUUGAACUUUUGCAAUGUACAUUAUUAGUUUGUUUAAAGAGUUACAGUAAUAGCACUGUUUUUAACUUGUGUGGUGGCUUUUACAUGUUUUUCUUUACAGUUUGAUAGGUUUUAUUCAUACAGUACUGUGUAAAGGUCUUAGGCCACUUGAACAUGUUGUUUAAAGCUAUUCAUCCUGGGCAUGAAGUGUUGAUUUGCUCAUAAAGAAACUCAAUUUAACAUUAAAUAAAAUGCAAAUGAACAUGAAUACUAUAAACCAGAUGGUAAUUGAUAUCUUGCGAAAUGGUUAGACGGAACAUUUUUCUAACAGACAUUUUUAAUUCAGAUUGCUUUAAAAUGUCCUCAGGUGGCUGAAGGCUUUUGCACAGUACUGUAUACAUGUAUUUUAAUAUAAAUUUUGAAAUGUUCAUAAAUCAGACCCUGUUCUGGUUUGUUUUCCUCAUGUCGCUGAUAACUAUGUUUCAUUUUGUGAAUUAAAACUUUCUCUCCAUAAAAAUAUAAAGAUGAUACAAAUCUACUUUAAAUUGCAACUACUUAAUCCAGACAUUGACUUAACUCAGUUUGGGAUUGUUUGAAAUCCCAUAAUAUAGGUUUUUGGCAUGCCCAUCAAAAAUACUAAUGGCAACAUUCACUACAGACACUUUACUGAAAAAUGUAGGAGAAUCCAACACAAAAACAUGUAUUUGGAACACAUGUUCAUAUUAUCUUCCAUCCUCUUCUUCUAGCCUGGAUCUACAUGAUUGUCAUGUUAUAUUAGGUCAAAGUAUUUAAUCUGCUACACACAUUCACAGGGUGCCAUGUUAGUCAAUGAAAAUCACGUCUCAUAGGUUUUAUGUCCUCAAAAUAUGUAACGACUAAAGAAUUCAUUAAUACAAACCCCACAUACAUGAAAAAUAUAACAAUCAGCCACAAAUAACCAAAUAUAAUUGUCCAAGAAAGUGUCAUCUAAGAUGUUUGCAUAUCAAAAAAUGUGGGAAAAUAUAACAACUUAUUUAACUGAAUCUUCUGUAGCCUUUACAGUUUUUACUGACUGUAACUGGCCAUAUUUUCACUCCCCAUUUAUAUCAUUGUAUUUUAUGUUUCCACCAAUGCAUUUUAGUUGUUAUGGUUCUGAGCCCAGAGGUUGGAAAUAUAAUCCAGUUUGUUCAUUCAGCUCAUGUGUCCAAUGCUGUGGAGAGCAUGGGCAGGGCAGUAGCUGCUUUCAUUGAUUAAAACAAGACUGAUUCUCUGGUUGCUCCAAUCCAAACUGCUUUUAUUGAUUAUAAAAAGAAUGAUUCUCCAGUCUCACCCCGAUGCUGGACAUUUGACCCUCCAAUGCCGAACAAGCUGUACGAAUGCACUCUUAACACAGACCAUCGUAGGUUUGGCGAACAAAUACUGUAAGCUCUGGAAUUUCAGAAGUCUUGCAAUACAUUUGUAAGUAACUUCCUUUUUUUUUUUUUUUUGCUGAAUAAACCUGUGAUAUUUCAAGUGCUAUAUAUGAGAGAACCCAUUAAACUCACUCACCGUAAUCAAACUUUUAAUCUCCAAAUUUGUUUUAGAAUGCGUCCAUCGCUUCAUGAAUUUGUCAGCUAUUGAAAGGAGGCUGAAGAGUCACUGACCUAAUGGGCUCAGCCUCUGCAGUUGCCAUGCCGCUCUCAGGCCGCGCUCAACACACGGCCGGUUCAAAUAGGAGUUCUAUUGACUGCUGUGGUAACAGGUUUGAAUACGCCACCCCAAAACAAUGUCCAUGUCACCCCGAGUGUUUUAAAGUUUCUCUUUACAGGUGUUAUUGUAAAGCAACUCGUAGCCUAGUAGUUCGAGUCCUGGUCCGGUGACCCAAAGGUAUCUGGUUCAUGUUGCUGCGGAUACUUGAACAUGUCAUUGUGCCCUCGAACAAGGCUUUACCAAUAUUGCUCCCUAUAAAACGCUCUGUGUGAGAAUGUCUGUUGAAUGACUAAAAUGGGUAUGUCAUCCAGUUAACUGUAAAAUUCCCUUAGUAAUAACAUUAUCUGACAACCGUAUAGUUAUAAAGUUGUUUUUCAAUGUCCUGUAAUUUAAGCAUAAAUGUUCCUCUCAACCUGUCUUCACAUGGUUCGUUUUUACACUGGGCAGCAAAGUAGCUUAGUAGUCAAGAUUGUUAGGCGAGUAAACCAAAUAUCAUUCUAUCCCUGAGCAAAGUAGUUAACCCAAAUUGCUCCCAGUUUGUUGCUGCAAAUGUUAGACAUAUCUGCCUGGUAAAGAAACUAACUUUUUCAGGGAUAUUGUGGACAAAACUUGACUCAUUAAAAAACAAACCAACAUCCAUAUUUAGAAAAAAGUCACCACUUAGAAAAUGUUUUGCUGAUGCCAGUGCUUAAUUUGUAAAUGUAGAGGUCCCGGUUUUCAAAGGGAAUGCGGCUCCUGUAAAUCUUUAGAAGGAAUGAGGUGCCAGUUCGAACAAGCUAUAACAGGACCACAGUGAUGAAAUAACUGAGAUAAAGCCUCAUGCACAUGCUGAUAAGUGGAAAAUUUAAAUAUAAUGAACACAAUGCCUUAACACAUCCAUAAAUGUCAUCACUGCCAAAACUGGUCUGUGCCCACAUAAUUAACUUGUUGGACAACCAGACUCAUCUCUUAUAAGCCUAUAAUUCAAGCAUUGCACCCAAUCCAGAGAUAGGCCUAGCUGACUGCACCAUAAUGUCAACAUCAUCGGAUCAUAGGCGUUAACAUUACCGCACGGUUCCUGGAACAUUCGUUUAAUGGGCAAACACUCACAUAGUAUCCAUGGAUCUCUUCUCUCUGGGCUGUUUAGGUGCUGAAUGACCUGCUGGCUUACAAAAUGAAAUGAACUGUCUUUUAGAUGUUAUUUCUAACGUUAUCUCACUAUCAAUACUCCACCACAGCUGGUAAACACAUGCCCUUUUGACGCCCUGUUGCCCGCAAACGCGACGACGUGACUGCAAUUGGCAGUUCUGUUAUUUCAUUAGCUUUAUUUUACUUAAUUCUGACCUCUUUGUUGGUCAAACUCUAAUGGUUCAUACUUAUUCAGACAUAUAACCUUAUCUGUCAAAUUACAUGCAGGUCCCAAUAGGUACUGGAUAAGGGUCACCACGUCCCAGAUCUGUCUGUAUCCAGCCCAAAUUAAGCACUGGCUGAUGCUUUUUCUGUGCAGGAAAGAUUAACAAACUGACUACGCAGCCCGAAUCCAAUUGUGUGGGGAGGUUCAGUAUGUUCCGCAUCAAUUCACCAUAGUGUGUGUGUUUAGGAAUCAGAUUUUUCAACUUUCUUCACAAGUGUUGCUAUAGUGUGUGUAUGUGGGCUUCAAGAAACCCCACUGCCCCACUGUGUUCUGAAUGAACCUCGUCACUGUCAUUAACGCCCGUGGUAUUCUAACACUGUAGAAGUGAAAGAACGCACCAAUAAUUCCAGUCCAAUUCCAAAUGCUCGUCUGCCGAUAAAGUACUCGGGUUGAUUAAAAUCCUGCCUGAUCUAUCACACAUGUUUUGAAUACUAGGCCUGCAGGAAUCUCGAGUUAUCCUGCUCCUCACUGGUCCGAUGGUCGGUGUCUUCAUGUGCUUGAAUGAAGCCAGGCCUGGACAUGCUGCCACGGCACAGCGGUGCUGCGGAGAGGGUCCCUGUCACACGACAUGCCUGCGCACCACUCUGUCUGUGUGCAGAAGUCAAUAACCAGCUUUUUUCUCUUCUUUCAAGGGAUUACCCCAAAUCGAUAGGCCACUGUUUGCAGGACCGCGGCCUCUCGGUGGAAAUGAUUUACCUGCAGGCAGAGUCAGGCCUGACCCGGGCCCUACAAGAUGUCCGCUCCGACGGUUCCCCCUUAUGUAUUCUCGUCGAACAGACUAAUGUAGCUCUGUCCUCGUGCACAGUAAUCAUAUUUUCAGAAUCCCUCAAAAUCCACCGCAACAUGCCUAAGGAUCAUGCCAUGGACUUUGUGAUGGCGGAGUACGGCCGGGGCCUUGGGGAGCGGGCUCAGCAGAAGGACCCAGCAGAGAUGGGCGCCCGGGCAGCCGAGCUGGCCGAUGACUACCUGGAGAGGGAGAAGGUGGAGAGGCAUGCCGUGCCCUCCGACACCCGCCGGCUGCUCUUCUUCCUGGCCGAGGGAGUCCACCUGUAUCCCGAGGAGAUCAACACUGUGAUGGAGUACCUCCGGAACCGCCAGGACCAUCUACAAGCAAGAUCCACUGAGACUGGCGAUGGCGCCCAGCCUGAGAGGAGGAAAAUGUUGCCUCCUGGUUUAGGGAAACCCCCACCGCUGCUCCCCACUCCCUCAGGCCAGCAUGGCAGAGAGCCCCCUCCUGGGAUGGGGGAGAACCCUGCCACCCCCCUCAUGACUCCUCCAGGUGAGGAACUCUUCAAAGGCUCAUACCCCAAAACCAAGCCGCCUCCACUGCUGUCUAUGCAUCAGGGUCAGGGACCCCCUCACCGCUCCCCUCAUGGUACCCCACCCCCUCGUGGCCCCUCGUCGACCCACGGCCCUCCUCACGGCCCCCACGGCCCACUGUCUCGAGGACCCCCUCACCACCACGGCGCCCCUAAUCCCAGAGGUCCCCCUCCCUCUCGUGGUCCACCGCAGAGUGGCCCCAUGCCCACACACAGCCCGCGUGGAGCCCCACCUUCACUGAAGAGCCUUCAUAUGGGACCCCAGUCUGGGCUCCUCCCCUGUCCAGGUGGCUUGCCUCCACGCCCAAACACACCCAGGCGCUGAGUGAAGAAAAAACGCAAUGGAAAGAUGCCAGGAAACGUGAGCUGAUCAGAACCCACUGUUCUACUGGCCUGAGGCGUGUAAUAUCUGUCCACUCCGUGCCCUGAUGCUGCGUCCCUCUCAGGACCAUCCACUCCUCCUCCCCGAGCCCCGUGUAGAUAGACCUUCCGAGACACAUCUUAGAAAGCUACCAUGGAAUAUUUGAUUGUUUGGGAGUACGCAGCUCAAUUUUUAUGAGUGUUUGGUUGACCCACAGUGUUCAUGAGCCUAGUCAGAACAAAUGAGAUCGUUUUUUUUAAGAUCCAUUGUUAUUUGUUGUUUUAUAUUUUCAUUUAUCGUUUUUUUUAGUUUUUGUUUUAAUCUGAAUAUUGUCUGUACAAUAUAAUAAACAGAAUAAUAUGGCAAAUAAUGAAAAGUAUCUAAUUCUAAUUUCCUCAGUGUCUUCAGGAAUUCAUCUCUUUUCUCAUCUCUUCAGGCACAGUUGCCUGUCUGCAUCCUAGACUGGGCCUAGGAGGAUCUGUAUGCUAGCAAUUUAAAUUUGUCCUCAUGUCCCAUGCUUGUGGUCAAUAUGAAAGUAUUGUGUUCUGAGCAUCGACUACAAUGCUCAGCAGCUCUGCAUUGUAACAUGCCCUAAGGCAUGAGCUUGUGUUAUCGGUAUGUUUUGUUUAAGGAAAUCAUUUGAAAUAAUACUGGCAUAAAAUGUGAAACGUUGAUUGUCUAUUGGAAUAUGCUCUUUACACUAUUAGAAGAAUACAGUAAAUUUCAUUUACAUUUUCAGGUGAAAGUGAGAAAUUAAAGCUGUUUGAGAACGUUCAUGGUGAUUCCUUUUCCCCAUAUCAUUUCCAGUGGUAGUUGUGAUUUUAGAAGGAAUUUAGACAGGUCAUAUUGUUACGAAUAUGUUCAGGUUCCCUGUUAAGAACCCUCAAAAUGCCCUUUGCAUAAAAAUGUGGAAGUUGUGAUGUCUAAAUCUCCAUGUACUCCAUGUCAAACAAGUUUUAUAAAAUGAUUUUGUCCCAAACAAUGAAUUUCGUACUCUCAAGUGAUAUGUUGUAAACUCAGACCAUUGUGAUCACUAGAUGGUGCUAUAGAUCCACUCAAUUAUAAUCUUUAAAACCACUGCAAUCAUCAAUAUCAAAAUGUUUGUCUUUGAAAUGGAAAGGCUAUACAGUUAUUGCAAUCAGAAGUCCCUCUUUAUACGUUCAUUGUUUUUGCCAAAAGCCUGUAAUGUUGUUUUGCAUGAAGAUUGCUUUCUUUGUAAUUUUUUAUUCGCUGUUAGUGCGUGAAAUAAGUACUUCACUGAACUUAUUGAGAUUAGUGGGAAGUUAUGUUACUAAAAGUGUUUUGCAACAGAUAAAGGUGCCCGACAUUUUUAUUUUCAUCCAUGUUGUAGACCGUGUCAAAACUAUUAUGUUUUGAUUGUGGCAUACUAAUGUAUAUUAAAUAAACACAACUAAGGCUUCCAUUAAAGGUGUAUGCAAGAAAGAUUUUCUGCCCGUA